UGGUACAGUGAAUGUGGUUGAAGAACCGAGGUGGAAGAGGAGGUUGAAGUGGUGGCUUAGCUCUGCCGUGUGGAGCUUCGAAUGAUGAAGCUCCCACAACAAUGGAGGAUGAGCGUGUACUGAAGGUGAGGAUUGAGUGCAGAAGCUUCUGGGAAUCAGGGGAAAAUCGUUCGAACCCAAUGAUUGGCAAUGAUCGCAGCUUAUAUAGCACAAUCCCAAGGGCAAAUUGGAGAAUUAAGUAUGAAUCAUCCAGCUGGCACCUGAGUGAACGAGAAGUCUGUGCAGGUUUUUCUUUGCAUCAAGACUUCUUGAUAUGGUUAUGUGAAUCUGGCUCAGUGUGGCUUCACGGUGAUCUCGCUUUGUGGAGAACACAUCUACCAUUCAGCAUUGACUUCGUCUACGGAAUACUCUGCUCUGUAGCAGACACUCAGCGCAGUAUCAUCCCAGCAGCGUGAUUUUUCUUGUUGUAGGAUUUAUUUCUGGAAGGUCAACUGUCAUGAAGCCGUUCCGCUGCAGCUGUAAAGCAUAUUGUGUUCAUGCUGUUCGUGUAUUACCUCAGUUCAUGCUCGUGGCAAGUGAUUCUCUGAUGUGGACUUCAUGCUUCUGCUUAUGGUCUUGUUGUACUGUGAGUUAUCCAAUACUCUGACUUAAUUUUCCUUGCAGUUACAACUUCAAUAUGCUAAACCAGGUCAGUCCAGAAUUCACUCUUGAGCUGAUUAUACC